AUGUCUGGAACAAUUCUUCAUCUUCGUUCCGAGUUGGGUAAGGCCCUCGAGCACCGCUCCGCCCUCACACCGACAACCACCAAGGCCCUCAUAGAUGCUGGCUACACAGUCAACGUCGAGCGCAGUCCAGAGCGUAUAUUCGAGGAUAGCGAAUUUGAGGCCGUAGGAGCUACGUUGGUUCCAGAGAAUACAUGGCGCGAAGCGCCCGCAGAUCACAUCAUUAUUGGGUUGAAAGAGCUUCCUGUUGAAGAGUUUCCUCUUAAGCACGUCCAUGUCCAAUUUGCACAUUGCUACAAGCAACAAGGAGGCUGGGAGAAGGUCUUAUCUCGAUUUCCUCGUGGCGGCGGUACACUCCUCGACCUCGAAUUCCUCACCGACGAUAAGUACCGCAGAGUUGCAGCCUUCGGAUAUCAUGCUGGUUUCGCCGGUGCAGCUCUUGCUCUUGAGACAUGGGCAUGGCAACUCUCACAUUCUGCCUCAGAGCCUUUCCCAAGCGUAUCGAGUUAUCCCAAUGAAGAUGCCUUGAUUGUGGACGUCAAGAAGGCAAUUGCAGCUGGAAAGGAAAAGACUGGCAAGGAACCCCGGGUACUGGUGAUCGGUGCGCUCGGACGAUGCGGUAGCGGUGCUGUGGACCUCUGCCUAAGAGCAGGCGUUCCCACCGAGAAUGUGUUGAAGUGGGAUAUGGCUGAGACCGCUAAGGGUGGGCCAUUUCCCGAGAUUGUGGAGAGUGACAUCUUCGUCAACUGCAUAUAUCUCAUGUCCAAGAUCCCCAACUUUGUCGACAUGAAGAGCCUUGAUACACCCGACCGCAACCUCUCGGUCAUCUGCGACGUCAGCGCCGAUACAACCAACCCAAACAAUCCCAUUCCAGUCUACACUGUCGCCACAACCUUUACCGAGCCAACUGUGCCAGUUGAGGUCAAGGGUGAGCCUAGAUUGUCUGUUAUUUCCAUCGAUCACUUGCCCAGUCUGCUUCCCAGAGAGGCAAGUGAGGCUUUCAGCAAGGAUCUGUUGCCAAGUUUGUUGCACUUGAAGGAAUGGAGAACGCACCCAGUAUGGUCCAAGGCCGAGAAGCUUUUCCAAGAAAAGGUUGCUACUUUGCCCAAGGACUCUUUGUAG